AUCCCAGCGCGUGACUAGAAAGAGACAGAUAGGACACUCGGCAUCCAUCUCUCUCUUUGCCUCUAUGACUUCCAUUUACAGGCUUGUUCUCUCUAUUCUUAUAUCUCUAUGAUUUUAACCUUCUCGACAGAAGCGAUCCACUUGAUCAAUGAAACGUGUAUGAAUGAAGUUGUAUGUACUGCCAGAGUACUCCGAAACGCCAAGUGGACGGCACGUCUCGCGUUCCAGUUACGUCAAGAACGAUGACAGCAAGCGGAUGGACGCUCACGCAAGUGUCCCGGCGUCUUGCAGGUGCUCGUAUGGCGAAUACAUGAAGGAACGAUGUCGGUGGCCUCGACUUCGACACGAGGAUCGCGAUCUCCCGGCGAGACGUUCAAUAAUUCGCUUCCACGACUCGCGUUUCUCGGGACGGCCCAGUUCACUUGUCUUAUCAGCCUAGGUCCUCCUGUUUACCUUCUUCAGGAGUAAUCGCAUCGCGUCGUUCCACUUGCCGCGAACUCGUUUCUGUGAAUCUUGAUGAUUUGGUGUCGUAUUUCUUCUCGAUGUUGGGUGCUGGCGAUGUGUAUGCGUGAGAUAAUGAUGCGUUCUAAUGGGUGUACGUUCUCGAAAGUCUAAGGGGAUUCAGAUAUGGCUGAAGGUGGAACGGAGCCGAAGUUUAUUGACGGUCAGGUUCCGAAGGGUCAGUUAGAGAUAAAUGAAUGCCUCGGUAACUGGCUGACGUACUUGCAGACGCUUAAUGGCCUAUGUACAGCUGGUACUAAAUUGGCCCAGUCUUUGCAAGGGCUUCUCUCGGUUCACGACACAGUGGCACAAUGUCGCUUGACAGGCCAAUGUUUGGCCGGUUGGGAGGAAUUAACAAGGGCCACGCACGUAGCCAGCAAUACUGUCAAGAAUCACGUGAUCACUUCCCUGAGGGAUCACGAGUCUCGUGAUAAUGACGGGGAUAAACAUGAUAUUCUCAGAGAGAAUCUCUUGACAUUCAUAAGCUUGCAAUAUCAAUUCUGCGUUGCUUGCUGUGAGUGCUUAGGUGGCAUAGCGGAAUGUUCAUGCUCGCAGAGCGGCAGCGGCGAUUGCGAUAUCGCCGCUCUUCAGCAAUGCUUUGAGCGUCUUUACAGCUCGCCGGUACCGCCCGUGUCCACCUCAUCUACUCAGCAGUCCGUGCAGAAUUAUCAAAGGUCCCCCUUGCCGUAUUCGUUAUUUCCUCUGCAGGUUCAGAGGAGAUGGUCGGAAACCGCAGCGGCGGAAAUGUCGGGCGAGUCCUGCGAGAAUACGGUGAGACGUUGGUCGAUGCCUUGGGAUUGCAGGCACGUCAUAGAGUGGCCGCGUCAGGACACGAGGUCGAGAUUAAGAGUGCCUCAGCAGGAUCGCAGCAGGUCAACCACGCCUGAUUCGGUGUGGAAAACGCCCACCAUGGCUAGUCAGGACGGUCUUCAGGAAGCUAUUCAGCUGCUCUCUUGCAAGCCAGUACGUUAUGCAGGAGUUCGACCAUCCAACCAACUCUCGGCUUACACUAGUCAGCAUAUCCCGGGCGUCACGUUGACGACCUGCAACUUCGAGUCGAAUUACGACUCCGCUAUUUGGCAAGGCUCACGUAGGAUAGGCUCACCCAGGUGCUGGCCACAGGACUCUAGCGAUCAUUCCGAUCAAUCCGGGCAUCGUGACAGUGAUCAGAGCGUCCACAGCGGCGAGCACAGGGACUCGGAACAGAGCGGUGCUAGCGGCAGUCACGGCGACAGUAAAGACAGCAUUCAUUCGCAUUGCGAUCACAGGGAGAUCGAAACUGGUACCGCGGACACAUUGCCGUCUCGCAAAAGCAGCUCGUCCACUGAUUCCUGCAUCUCGGCACACAGUCGGUCAGGUUCAGAGAGCGCAGGUGGCGGGGAGUGCACGAGGUCACAAUUGUACUCGAUGUGGAGCGGUGGCGAUCUAUCCUUCAUCAAGUUGCCGGAGAGCAACGAAAUACAAGAUGAGCAUCCACCCGCUUAAAUGUCUGCCACUUGCCUCGUUUUACGCGAUGUAUUCAAAGGCAAAAUGUUAACUUUGGAUCAUUGAGUGCACAAGAGACGAUCUUUUCCGAUUUCACGGAAAGGAGGUGUUGCACGCGCGAUAAAAAGAAGACAUGACACUUUUAUCUAAAACGUUUUAUCUUAUUCUACAUAUUGUGCGAAGAGGUUACCGAAUGGGAAACCAUGUUUGAAUAUAUUUUGCGACGGAGAUAAUCCAAAGGUAAAUCUCUCGUCGCCAUGAUACAACUCGUUGACUCGCGUUGAUUCACCUAGUGAAUUGACUAAUUUUAUUCGUGACGUGUACAUGUUUGAUAUUUAUAGGCGCGGUAUGACAGCGCUUGGUAUGUGCAUAUUGACUGUGCAACUCUAACGAUAAAAAAUUAUAUAUAUAUAUACUUAAAAGACGUCAUACAGGGUGCUCCCAGCCGAUAAUAUUUAUGACGUUACUAUAAACCAAUGAAAUAUCACUCAAUACGAGUGUCGAAAGAUCAGUGGGUAUACAUAAUCCUGAAAAAUCCAAAUUCCGAAAUUUCAGGAAUGUUGGGCAAUAUCUUGAAAAAUCAUAAUUCCGAAAACUGAAUACCAGGACAAUCUCUCACAAAAUAUAUUGGAAUCGUUUCGCAAAGUUAUAACUUUGCGAGACUUUAUUUUCUUCCAGUAUUUCGCGACAGAUUGUAUUCUGGUACUGGUAUUCAGUUCUCAAGAUUGUGACUUUUCGAGAUAAUUGCAUGCUUUUAAUAUUUCGGGAAAGUUGUAUCUCGGGAUUUAAAUGUGCGUGUUAGGAAAUUAUCUCGGUAUUGAGUUUUUGAGACUGUGACUUCUCGAAAUAGCCCACUUUUUGAAUUUCUAUAUAUAUAUUUUUUUUUUGAAAAUAUGCAUGUCCACUGAAAGGUCAUUCGUCUGCGAUACAUGUUUCAAGGGCGCAUAUCGUAAUAUCAUAUUUAAGUAGUCUCUGUCAACCUAAUAAAUAUUACGGAAUGAAACUCGAAUUCUGCACCUGAAAAAUGAACGCCCUGUACGCUGUCUCAAUUCGUAUAUACGAUUCACAGAUCUAUUAUACAUUACCGCAUAAUUAUGUAUAAUUUGACGAUUGCCAUUCAAAAUUGGUCAUCGAAUGUUUAUUGUAAUUUUAUUUGUUAGACUCGCUUGUGAACGCGUUGCUCUUCGAUCUCUCGUAUUUUGUUCGGUAAUAAAACGUGUGCAUGCGCAAUCUCUAAACAUUUCACGUCGCUAUGCUAGCUAGUGCGCGUGCACUUUACGAUACCGUCGUAGAUAUACGGAAUGCAGCUUAUAAAUUUCCGAAGACAGUUACCGUGAGCGUUUACACACAUGUAUCUACAAGCAUUUGCGUAAUUUCAUCGCGAGAACUCACAAAUGUUGCUGUCACUUUGUUAUCUUCCUGUUCGAGGAAAUACGAGGAGGUCUCACGUGUGUAAAACGACUUCGACGUUUGAUCGAGAGAGAGAGAGAGAGAGAGAGAGAGACUUACUGUAUAUACAAUUUUACUUAUGGCACGGAUACGAUAAUCAAAACUCUCGAAACCUAACGUUUCUCGAGUGCAUUCUUGAAAAAAGGGGAACAAAACAAGAGGUUACACGUACAUUUACAUAUUGCGCAACUGCACUCGUAUACGGAGACCAAGUCGAGCUUGGAGAUUGUUCGUUUCUCGACGAAAUGCGAAGAAUGUUAUUUAUGUUCGGCAACCUCGCUGCGUCUUAACGUUAUAUUAAAAUUUAAGUUAUAUAUCAUGAUAAAGUUUAUUACAAAUUU